AUGGCGCAAACAAAGCGUGAUGGUAGUAGUGGACACUUGUCUGACAUAUCAGAGAAGGUAUUCCGUGAACUCACUGAAGAUAUGAUCAGACAGGCAACCAUAACACAAGCUAAUCGCAAGCGUGACAGCAAGCGCGCACGAAACGACACCAUCCCUGACCAGAGAGUCACUCGCCGAAGAGUGAGCAUACCUCUAGGAGGUCCACCCAGAGGUGGGGGCCAGCCAAGAGGUGGCGAACAACAAGGAGGACAAGGCAGAGGUCGCCCCAUAGGACAGGCUACUGACACCCCAGCACCGCGAGGACCAAGACCUUACCCACACUGUGGUAUCAACCCUUCACCACACGCGUUCAGCAAGUGCACCAAAGAAGACGAAAGCAACC